UUAAUUUAAGCACAGAUGAAUACAUUUACAUCUGGCAGCUCUCUUUCUCUCUCUCCCUCUCUCGCCCGUCUUUGGUGCUCGUCCCCGCGCCACUGGGAGCGCGCAGGACCCGUCCCUUCAGCAGCGCGCAGCAGCGCAUCCAUCCUGCCGCGGAGCCGGGUGAUCGUGGAGCCGCACAGAGCGCACACACCGAGAGAGAGAGAGAGAGAAAGAGAGAGAGACACACACACACAGAAGAUGGACGGAGUGGGAUCGUUCGGAGCGGGCCGAACCGGGACCGCUGUGGACCCGAUCACGUUCGCCAAGCAGCCGCAGACCAUCCUGAGAGUGCUCUCCUGGAUAUUCUCCCUGGUGGUCUUCGCCUCCAUCGUGAACGAGGGUUACGUCAACCUGGGCAGCGAGCGCCUCCACUGCGUCUUCAACAGGAACGGCGACGCCUGCAACUACGGCGUGUUUGUGGGCCUGGUGGGCCUGCUGGCGUGCUCCUUCUUCUUCCUUCUCGACUACAAGUUCUCCUCCAUCAGCUCGGUCAAAGACAGGAAGAAGGCUGUGAUGCUGGAGAUUGGUUUCUCAGGUUUUUGGACCUUUCUGUACUUUGUAAGUUUCUGCUUCCUAGCCAAUCAGUGGUCUCGGACCAAAGUCAACGAUCUGCCUCUCAACCAGGGAGCAGACGCAGCACGGGCAGCAAUCGCCUUCUCCUUCUUCUCCAUAAUCACAUGGGCUGGCCUAACAGUGCGUGCAGUCCAGAAGUACCUUCUGGGUACAGACAUGACCCUGUUCACCACUGAGCACAUGGACGGCGCCGCGCCCACCCAGCCGUACCCGUCCAAUUCGCCGGGCAGCGGCCCGGCCGAGACCACGGAAGCCUACCAGAGCCCGCCCUUCACCGAGAACAACACGGCCCCCACAUACCAGGUUCCCAUUUACUAGGACAGACGGACGUGACGGUGGAAGGAUUGCAGAUGAGAGAGAAAGUAGCUUUCUGUGAUUUCUGUUUCAAGUGAAGCUGUUUAUGAGUUGAUCCGGGGCGCAGUUUUCAGUCGCUGUUAGAAAAGGCUAAAAAAAAAAAAAAAAAAAAAAAAGAGAGAGAGAGAAGAAAAUAGUCAGGCGUCUGCUUCUUUGUUUCCUCCUCUCGUUUCCUGACCCCUCCUGAACAUUCCAGCUUUAUCUGCCUUUUUUCUAGACCUGCAGAAAGGAGUUUCCUCCUGCAUCAACGCAGAUAAAUCGAAAUCAAAACCAGAGGAGGGAAAACAGAAGCGGGUCGCAAGUAAAGUGUUUCAAAAACCAUUUUGUCAAAGAGAUGAAGUGCUGAACAAGUUCCACCACAACAAAGCUGUUUUAAAGGCGCUCUCUUGGAGCUCCUUGAUCUUGUUGCUUUCAUUCGUUCAGGUGUCCCCUUUUCUUGCCAAACACUGGGAAUGCUCUUGUUUUCUUUCUUUUUAUAUAUCUUGUUUUUUUUUUUUGUUUGUUUUUUUAAAGCUGCACUGAUAACUCCUCCUGAGCUCCCAGCUGGUGAUCAUCUGCUCUGAAUCUGUACGUUUUCAGAUGUGGAGAUCAACUAAGUGCCAUAUUGUUCGGAAAGUGACUUAGUGCAAUAUCUCACAUUCUUAUGUACUGUAGGGUAGGUACACACUGUACUGUAUUGGAGGUAGAGAGGUCAUAGUCAGGGCAGGUCAACUGUAGGUUCUGUCUCAAAUAACACACUUCUGAAACUCCUGUAAAAUCCUUACCCUGGAAAGUUUCUAAUACAAACAUGCAUAACAAAUGAGCAGCUCUCGAAAUUGAAAUGAUCAUUCCCAGAAUUAGGGUCUUUCUAGGAAUCUUCAAAGAUGUAAACAGCAUCACAGCGGAGAAUAUUUCUUCUCUGCUUUGUCCCGGUAGAUGAAUUCUGAGGCUUUAUUUCAUUCUUGUAGGCAGUUCAGUUUGAUUACAACGAUAACUCAAUUCUCCAAUGCAGCGUUUUACUUUUCUGCAGAACAGAGCAAAAUCUGAAUCAGGCCUUGGGCAGAAUUUUCUUUAGGGGAACCCUUGAGAUUUUUUUUUGUAUGUUUUGUUUUGCGUUUUUGUAUUCCCCUCUUAUUAUGCAGAUAAUUAGUGAACCAAUUAUAAAUAAAUUUUACUUUGUGAUAUAUUUGGUUGACCAUCACAUCAUCUACCUUGAAUUAUUUCUUAUAGGCAUUUCUAGUUAAGUGCUCGUUUUAAUCAUUUUCAUCAAUUUAAUAUUCAUUGAUUUUAUUCUUAUUUUUACAUGCAGUGAAGAAACGAUAAAACUAUAAUCUGACAUUUCUAGUUGGCACACACAGCUGUCCGAGUGCUUAAUUUUUCACAUUUAAAAAAAAAAAGAUCAUGACAUAAUCCUCUGAAAUUUCAAGUGAAAAACCUACACAUGUGCUACAUGUUGAAGGAAAAACCAAAAGCUGCAACAACAUGGAUGAAAAAAAAAGAAGUGACACUUUGUUGAAGCAUCUUUCGUUUCAGUUUUUGCCUUCAGAGUUUGUGAGCAAACAGUCUCAUAAUUCAUCCGUAGUGGAUGAGAAUGUAAAUGAGGUGUGUAAUCUGAGACGGCAUCCUAUGGUAAGAGCGUAAGACGAGGUGUGUAGGGGUUUUCUGGAGAAACUGGGUCCUUUUAUGUUUCCAUUUUUUUUUAACGCUGCCAAACUGCCCUGUGUUUGCUAUUGCACUGUUAGUUUUCCCAGCAUUUUCUUUAGAGGUUAGAAUACAGAUGAGCUUUUGUGGAAGUCAGGUCAAGUCUCAGGCAAAAGAAAGAAGAAUGAAUCUAGAGUUGAUGUCUGAUCCGUCAAUCCUCCAGUCCCGCGUUUAGAUCUGAGGGGGUUAAUCGUGACAUGGAUUGAUGUCGGGAGGAUGUGGGUCACCUUUUGCUCCGAUGUAUAUAGCACCAUCACUUCUGUGCUGUGGUCCACACACACACACACACUCUUGCCAUUCAUCGAUCUGUCGUUGUGAUGAGGGGUUCACAUGAGAGCAACUGAGAUCAUCAUGCAGGAGGAGAAUAACUGAUGUCUGACUUUUUGCCAAAUAAACCUUUUUUUUCUUCCUCCACAUGUUUUUGUGACAGUUUUAGCAAACUCUGUCUUGCGCGCUAACUUAGAUUGUUUAUAAUUCAUCCUAAAUUGUAUACUGAAGUUAUCCAAAGUCCAAAGCAUGAACUCAAGAGGUUUAUUUAUUUUCAAUAAGCAGCACCAAAUGUGAAGACUCUUCUCGGAAGUCUUGUCUAAUGGGUUAUUUCAGCUAUUUAUUUAUUUAUUUCUUAACAGUGGGCUGACACUAAUAUUUUCUCAAAAGUCAGCUUGGCAAGUUGGACUUAAUAACACUUAAACCUUUUGUAUAGAGUUCAUUAAAUAUAUAAAAAAUAAGUCAUUUUUUAAGUUGGCUCCGAGGCGUUUCGCAGAGCUUUGACAAGCAGGCAGUAGAGUUAAAAAAAAUAUGUCCCCAAAAAGAGAAACUCUGGCUCUUCACUCAGUGUUUUUCUCAACACUGUGAUCCUGGAGAUCACUCAUAUAAUUUACACAUGUAGCUGAAUGAGUGGUUAAAUGUGUAAAACAGUUUCAGGUUGUUGGUAUUUCUGCAUCAGGAAACAUCAGCAGGUUGGUACAAAUGAAAGCUGAGUGGAAAAAACUCAAACAAAUUUAAAUGUCCGUUUUGGAUAUAAUAAAAAAAAAACCAGCUUGUCCUUCAGUUUAAUAUUUUCUGUUUAUAUAUAAAAAAAAAACUUUUCAUUUAUGUUUAAUUUCUAAAUUCAGAUGAGGAAAAACUAAUAAUCAAACAUGCACGGAAUCAUGUGGACAAGUCAUUUAUGUUGCGCGUCUGAACCCGACUACUCCCCCUAGUGGUUGACUGACUUGACUGUCACCGUGUUUACAGCGGUACAGCACCAGCCCGCCUGGUGCGUUUGGCCCAAUUCAGUGAAUUUAAACUCUAAAAAGUGAGAUGAAGACAUUUCAUGUGGUGGGAAAUGAUCAUAAUGAUAUUAUUUAAGAGGGAGAGGGUAAAAAAAAAGCAUAAUUGUUUUUGCUUUAAGUCCCUUUUGGGUUAGUGUAAUGAAUUUGGGUUGCUGUCAGGUCAGGAUGUUUUAUCGUUCUCAGUGCUUCAGUCUCUUAUUCAGUCAGUGUGGUAGAUGAUGAUGAUUAUUAAUAAUAAUAAUAAUAAUAAUAAUAAUAAUGAUACAAGCAUUCUCUGUGUUUUGUGCUCUGCCCUAUGUACACUAUGUGGUAUUGGUUGAUUGUAAAAAAAAGUACAAAUAAAUAAUUUUAAAAAAUCAAGAA